AUCCCAGCUUCUCUGAGAAAGGCAACGCUGAUUAUCAUGAUUAACUGAUGCUCCUUGCAGGUGUUUAGUCUUGGUAAAGCCAGAACUGGUUUCCCCAUACUGGAAUUAACUCCCUGGCCCUGUUGCUCCACGUGCUUUUAUUGACACUUCACGGCAACAUGUCAGCUGUUGCAGGUUCACUCCCAGCAUCUUGCAGUUGUGGUGGAAUCAGGAAUGCACAGAGAAGGUCACUGAAGGGUAACUUAAGUGCCAUGGACCUGAACAUGGAGACUUUGGCGCAAAAGAGGGGAGCCAUUCCUGCUCAUUUGCUGCCACUGAUACAUCCAAGAGACAAGGAGCUGUAAAGAGCACAGGAAUAAAGAGCAGGAGUGGAUGUCAAGAGAAAGGCAAGUAGGUGGCACGGAGGAUGGGAAGCAAAGAAAAAAAUGCCUGGGUAAUGUGGUACUAGAUCUUAAAUGCUGCUCAGUAGGCCUGAAUUGGAUCCUUUUGUGACACCAUCAUAUAACACAUGGAUUUGUAAAUGGAAGCCACGGGCAAUUUGGGAGACAGCGUGAAGAGAGCUGCGUAUCUUAUCUGUGAACAGCUCCCGUGCUUAAUCCAAAGACUGAAAUAUGUAAGCAUUAUCUGGUCCUAUAAAGUGACACAGAAAGGUGAGGUGAAUCCCUUUUCAGAUGCUUUUUAUUUUAAUAGAUCGUUCCCUUAACAGCUUAGAUUAGUCAAAUAUUCAAGAUUUUCAAGCUUGAAAGGAAAAAAAAUCCUUAAAAGACCUUUGCUGUUGUUGUUUUGUUUGCUUUUUUUUUUUUUAACAGUGAUCUUGGCACAACUGCUGGCCUUUGCUGUCUGACACUUUCAGCAAGAGGUAAAUUACAUAGACUAUAGAGUAAAUUUUGUUGAGAUAUGCCUUUUUCUUAAGAAUUUUUUUAAGGUUUACUUCAACAUUUAAAUUGAGAUUACAGUUAACUUCUUUUGAAUGUUCCAUCCUAGAAAGUCAAACAACUUGAUGCAAUUUUGUUGGACAGUUUAAUUUAAAAACGUGUGUUAAAGAAUGUACUGGGAAAUUCCCAGAGAAUGGGAGAGACUCCUAUGUUGGUCUUUAUGCAAGUGGCCAUUGUUCUGUUGCUGCUGUUUAGUUGUUUUCUCGACUUUUAUUCGAUUUAAGGUAAGAUCAGUUCUUGUCCUGCCUUUUUGUUUCCAUGCACCAAGCCUGAUCUGAUUUCCUUGGAAUCUAACUUUUCCUGAAAUGCAAAGGGAAGAAUGCACCUGGUGCUACUGAGGAACUUGCAGACACUUGGGGGAACUCGUCUCUGAGUUUUCACCUAGGUCUUAAUACCCUUCAGUAAGCUGGUGAAAUGUUUCUACAGGGCAGAGUACCCCAAAUUACUCAUGCCAGGACUUGGCAAAACCAAACUAAAUUCAAAGCUUAAGAAAAGGGAAACUAUAGCACCUUUCCUGCUCUGAGGGAUUUCUUUUCUAACAGUUCUUUCAUCGUUUGUUCCUGUGAUACAGAAUCAUCAUUGUGCCUUAUACAAUUACCAGCUUAAAUCCAAAGGGAACUGGAAAAUUUGUGUCACCUUAUUUAAAGCAGUGAGGACAAAAGAAUACAGACAGAGCAAAACUCCCUCCCCAUUUCUCUUCAAUCUACUGCAAGGAUAGCAAGAGCCACUGAGUGCUUGACUUCAGCAGAAUUAGCCCUCUGAAAGCCACAUGGUAUCAAGAUCAAUUGAUGUGAUGCCAUUUAGUGUCUCUGCCAACUGUCAGUAUACAUGGCUGCCUAUCUCAACCAUGCCACGUGAAGGCCGUGUGCUGAUACCUUUCAUGUUGGGCAGCCUGCAGCUCUCCAGCUAUGUACUCAUUCUAGAUGAAGUUAGACUCAGUGAGGGCAAUGCAGGUGGCUCAUCCUCAUACACAGCAUGCAAUGGCAGGCUUGGGUCAAAAGACCUCAUGGAACUGAGUCAGUAACCAUCAGGAACCUGCAGGCCUCUGCUGACACAAAAUCUCCGUAGUGAAGUUCUCCAAAAUUACUGGAGACCAUACUGAGUUGUCUUUUAACCUGCCUGUCUAGAAGCUUACUAUCCUGUGUUAUUAGGAGUAAUGCCUGUAAACAGUGACGUGCAGUGGAAAAAGCUGCAGGAAACAAAAGAGCAAGUGAUACCUGGGUUCGCUGAGAAUCAGACUCCCCACUCUGAGCAGCAUGAAAGCUGUACUGCAUCUAGCAGCAACUGUGUGCUUAGUUUGGGUGACUCAUACCUGGUUGAUCUAACAGUGCGAUAGGUAAAUCUCAUCCAGUCCGAGUCAUCAACUGGCACCACUGGGAUGGAACCUUAGUCACCUUAAGCACAGUCACUCUCCCAGCCAUUUCCCUGAGCUUAUUAUCCUUACUGAGUGUCCAAUCUUCCUCCUGUCCUAUCCUAGGAGUCAUGCAUCCCCUGAGGUCACCGGGAAGGUGACAGGGUAGGAACACUCCACACCUUGCAGCAUCAGGAGACAGGAACUCCUGAAUCAUGGGAAGAGCACCCCGUGCACAUAACUAUCUGCAACUUAGGAUACACUGAUGAUUCCUGUUUACACUGUGAGCCUCUCCUGCUGCAUCUGUGGAUAUAGAUAUCGUGGACUGUUCUUCUGUAGGCCUCUACCAAAGCUCAUCUUAUCAGUUCCAGAACAUCCGUCUCACCUGUGAAGACUACUUUGAGCCUUGACCCCACCUGCUUCAGUCCUUGAAGGCUCUGCGGCUCGGUGCCACCUGCAAGCUUUGCAGCGGCGGUCGCCGCGGGGUCCAUGAGGCCCGGGCUCUCGGCUCGCCCCGGCUCCGGCAGCGCCCUGGUGCGGCGGCGGUGAAAUGGGGGGCAACCUGGGCUGCCACCGCUCCAUCCCCCGGGACCCUGCCGACCUGUGCCACAGCCGCAAGUUCAGCGCGGCGUGCAACUUCAGCAACAUCCUGGUCAACCAGGAGAGGCUCAACAUCAACACGGCCACCGAGGAGGAGCUGAUGACUCUGCCCGGGGUCACCCGAGUGGUGGCCCAGAACAUCGUGGAGUACCGCGAGUACAUCGGUGGCUUCAAGAAGGUGGAGGACUUGGCGCUGGUGAGCGGGGUGGGGGCGGCCAAGCUGGAGCAGGUGAAGUUCGAGAUCUGCGUGAGCAGUAAGGGCAGCUCGGCGCAGCAUUCGCCCAGCUCCCUGCGGAAGGACCCGGCCUCCGAGCACCACCUGUCCGCCACCAAGAUCAACAUCAACACCGCCACGCCAGCGCAGCUCAUGAGCAUCCGCGGCGUCACCGAGAAGAUCGCCAACAGCAUCGUGGACUACCGCAAGGAGCACGGGCCCUUCAAAAGUAUCGAGGACCUGGUGAGGAUGAACUGCAUCAAUUCCUCUUUCCUAGACAAAAUCCGGCAUCAGAUUUUUGCAGAGAGGUCUCGACCCCCUUCAACGAACACCAACGGCGGCCUCAACUUCACAGCCAAGCCUCAUCCCAGCCCCACUUCUCUCAGCCUCCAGAGUGAGGACUUGGAUUUUCCCCCUGGGGGCCCAACCCAGAUCAUCUCCACUCGCCCCUCUGUGGAGAUGUUCGGCGGGCUGAGGGAUGGCAGACCGGUGCUGAGGGUGGCUACGUGGAACCUGCAGAGCUGCUCCAUUGAGAAAGCCAACAACCCAGGUGUGCGGGAGGUCAUCUGCAUGACGCUGCUGGAGAACAGUAUCAAGCUUUUGGCUGUGCAGGAGCUGCUUGAUAGAGAAGCACUGGAAAAGUUUUGUAUGGAGCUGAACCAGCCGACGCUGCCAAACAUCCGCAAGUGGAAGGGCCCUAGAGGAUGUUGGAAGGGUGUUGUUUCCGAAAAGCCCUCAGGCCAGCUACCUAAGGGAGUCGAAUAUUCUGGUUUUCUCUGGGAUACAACAGCUGGCAUUGAGCUCAAAGACGCUUCUUUUCAGGAGAAUGUACAGACUAAUGGCAAUGGGAGACACUCGUAUCCUCACCCAUAUAUUGCACAUUUCAAGGUUGGGAUGAAUGACCUAACGCUGGUUAACCUUCACCUGGCCUUGGCUCCUGCAGUGGGGGACAACGCAGGGAAGAACCACGACAGCCACAAACUAGCAACCUUUGCACAGACUUUGCAGGAGACUCUGAAAGGGGAAAAAGAUGUGAUCAUCCUGGGAGAUUUUAACCAGGCUCCCGACAGCAGCGACCAUGACAUUCUGAGGAAGGAGAAGUUCCAUCACUUGGUCCCUUCAAAUACGUUUACUAACAUCAGCACAAAGAACCCCCAGGGAUCGAAGUCGCUGGACAACAUGUGGAUCAGCCGGAGUUUGAAGAAGGUUUUCACAGGCCACUGGGCUGUUGUGCGAGAAGGUCUUACAAACCCGUGGAUCCCUGAUAACUGGUCCUGGGGUGGAGUAGCCUCAGACCACUGCCCUGUGCUAGCUGAAUUUUACAUGGAAAAGGACUGGAACAGGAAGGAGGUGACGCGGAAUGGAAACGGGGUGACCGUUGAGCGCGACUCGAACACUAAACACGAACGAUGACGUGAACGGGAGGAGCCAGCCCAUAGCCCCUGUUCCAGGGGUCAGCCCAUAGCUCUGCUUGCUGGUGACUCAGCUGUGGAGCGGAAGAGCUGCUUCCCCCUCUCCUUCCUUCACCUGUCCUCCCCACGUCCAGAAAGCAUCAGCACUUGCCUCCGCUGGCUCUCGCUCUGCGCCCUUCACGGACAGCUCUGGGGUGUCCCAGGGCAGUAGAGCAGCCCGUAACUUUUUAUAGGGAUGCGAUGGACCCAUCUCCAUGCCUGGAGAUUUGGAUGAGAACUGUACAGAAAAUAAAGUGUACUUUUAAUACUGUGUAGGAUUUUGGCUAAAAUGCAGCCAGGCGGGGCUUUGCUGUGGGGGUGUUUGUGAUGGUUAAUUUCUUUGCUUCCUUGUGAACUGAGGGGAAUAGCAGAGGGCACACAAAGAUUCGCUCUGUGGAUAUUCUUGGCAAUUCCUAUGUGAGCUCAGCACUUGCAAAAGCUGCUAAUUCUGGGAAGCAAGAGAGGUGCUGGACCCUUACAUGACCAGAAGGCCCUGCAUGGUCCCUAUGGCCCAGAGAAGCACCAUGCCUCCUCAGCCCAUUGUCAAUAUGGGCACCUUUCUUCCUCCCCUUCCUCUCUCUGUGCUUCUGGGAAGGGUGCAUUUUGUCCCAGAAGGGAGUUGUGGAGCCUGGUUUGGCUUUUAGCUUGCUGUGCAGCAUUCACUGCUAUUUUUCCCUGUGUGUUAACUUUCAGGAGCUGGGAAAACUCUGACUCAUGCCUUUGUGGAACUUGGUUCACUCCUUUACCCACCGACACUGGAGGCAAUGCCCUUUGCCUUGCUUCCUGCUGGGGAUCUCACAGGAAAAACCCUACUCCUCUGGCACAGCAACUGCAGCAGAUUUCUUGAGCAAGAAGGGAGGAUCAAAAAGGAGGGCAUGCAGCGCCUGGCUCUGCUCAUUGGUUCUUCAGGGAGCUGUAUUUUCUAUUGCUCCUCCUGGAAGGCAGCACUGCAUCCAGUGCCUGAGCCCAUGGGCCACUUUCAGGCACCACAGCACAGAGUCUGAGUGCAGUGUACGAUGAUGACGUACACAGCAAUGCUGGAUGGUGAGCUCAUAGGUUCUCCUAUGGAGGUUUGUUUCUGUGCAUGUCCUGACUGGGGAGCACACCAGCCAACAAGGUGCCUGAGAGAGAGCAUUCAAUUCCCCAGGUGGUGACAUUGUAAAGUAGCAAUUAACAGUCAGUGACCUGGAGGGGAAAUCGUAAGGACUGGAAAAAGCAACUCAGCACCUUCAGGAGCAAAACAUGGGUGUGAGGAGUGCAGAGCUCCUGCCAGCCCAGCACGUUUCAUGCUGAGUGAAAAGGAAAGCUCUCUGAUGUGCCUGGUAGUGCUGUCAAAAGAUGCUCCUGACAGCAGUGCCAAGCCAAGGGGACAUGCUAAAUGAGGGCUGCACAGCUUGGUUAGUGGAACUGGAAUAACAGCCUCGUUUCAGGAAGCAACAACUUGCAUGGAAACUCAGAUGGAUGAAUAUGUCAAACUGUGUGUCUUAAUUUCUGUACAGAAUUAAAGAUGGAGCAGGGUGGGAUAGCCGGGGUGUGGACUCUGCUCUCCAACCUCUUCAGCCCCGUGAGCUGCAGUCCUGGGGGUGCAGGUGGGGAGUGGGAAUCUCUUUGUCAUGACACAGCUGGACAGCCUGCUGUUCUUGCUCCUCUCAGAUCACAGUGAAAACCGUUGGUUAGAAGGAAGGUGAUGAUGGCACAGGUCGAAGAAGUGAGCUCAGAUCAGUGGGCCCUGAAGAGCAAAGAGGUUAUUGCAGGAAACAGAGUGGUUUGGAGUCCUGCAGCGAGGUACCGCUGGCUUUUGGGCACAGCAACAAGUGCUGUCAGGAUGGA